AUGUGCCUCGGCGGAACCACGGGCGACAACACGCGCCUGCUUGGUAAGGCUCCGGAGGAGGGGGAGGAGGAUGAGGAGCACCUGCAGGCGGAGGGCAUCAGGGAGGUGGGCGUGGCAACAGGGCUGGAGGUGCUGUACCAGGAGACCCCCAACUACCGCGGAGCGGCGGCCGAGGCUGACCUCAUGAUCGAGCCCAAGCAGACGGCCAGGCACGCCCGGCGAGUGCCAGACUUGGGGGUGCAGGAGCCUAUCUCCCUUUCCCCCACGCUUCCCCUCCCCUUCCCCCACGCUUCCACACCCCUUCCUCCACGCAAGCACUCCCUUUCCCCCACGCUUCAACUCCCCUUCCUCCACGGUUUCACUCCCCUUCCCCCAUGGGAAUACUCCCCUUCCCCCCCGCCUCCACACCCCUUCCCCUACGCUUCCACUCGCCUUCCCCACACAUCCACUCCCCUUCUCCUACGCUUCCGCUUGCCUUCCCCACGCUUCCACUCCCCUUCCCCCACGCUUCCACUCGCCUUCCCCCACGCUUCCACUCCCCUUCCCCCAACCUUCCACACCCCUUCCACCACGGUUUCACUCCCCCUCCCCCACGGUUCCACACCCCUUCCUCCACGGGAGCACAAUGGAUUCCCCAUGUUCCACUCCCCUUCCCCCACGAUCUCGCUCCCCUUCCCCCACGCCCUCACUCCCCUUCCGCCACGCUUCAACUCCCCUUCCUCCACGGUUUCAGUCCCCUUCCCCCACGGGAACACUCCCCUUCCCCCACGGUUCAACCCCCCUUCCCCACGCUUCCUUUCCCCUUCCCCGCGCUUCCUCUCCCUUUCCCCCACGCUACUACUCCCUUUCCCCCACUCUUCCCUCCCACCACACUUAGUUCCCCCACCAUUUCACGCCUUGAUGCUCCACUCUGGAAACUGCCUGCACGGCCCUGUUCCGCCACUUGCGAUGCGCGGAUCCCUCCCACUUGUCUGUCCGGCAUUUCAACCGAAAAAAACUCACUGUUGCUCCUCGGGUGACCCUCUAACCCCUCCCCGCUCCUCUCACACCUUCAUUCCCUCCCCUGCACGCUUCCCCCUCCCCCCCUUCACGCUUGCAUUCCCUCCCCUGCACGCUUCCAUCCCCCCCACCCCCCCCCCCCCCCCCCCCCCUCUUCACGCUUGCAUUCCCUCCACUGCUCGCAUCCAUUUCUCCCCCCCCUCUUUCACGCUUCCAUUCCCUCCCCAUCACAUUUCCAUUCCCUCCUGCUCACACUUCCAUUCCCUCCCCCUCACCUUUCCAUUCCCUCCCCCUCACGCUUCCAUCCCUUCCCCCUCACGCUUCCAUUCAAUCCCCCUCACGCUUCCAUUCCCUCCCUCUCACGCAUCCAACGCCCUUGCCCGCUCGCUCCCCAUACCUUCUCCUACGCGCUUCCAUUCCCUCUCCCUCACGCUUGCAUCCCUUCCCCUCACGCUUGCAUUUCUCCCCCUCACGCUUGCAUUCCUUCCCCUCACGCUUGCAUCCCUUACCCUCACGCUUGCAUCCCUCCCUUCCCUACCAUUUCCUUCCCUUCCCUCUUUUCCCCUCCCUUCCCAUCCUGUCCCUUCCUACCCUUUCCCUUCCCUGCCAUUCCCAUCCCAUCCCUUCCCUUCCCUUCCUAUCCCUUCCCGUCCAUCAAACUGCUUACCCUGUCAUUCCCUUCCCUUCCUCUCCGUUCCAGUCCCUUCCCUUGCUUAUGGUGCCAUUUCCUUCCCUUCGUCUCCUUCCCUUCCCUUCCCUUCCCUUCCCUUCCCACCCCUUCGUUUCACUCCCCUUCCUUUCCAUUCCCCCCCCCCUUCACGCGUCCACUCCUCCCCCUCACGCAUCCAUUCCCCCUCCCUUGAGACCCCUUCACGCUUUCAUUCCCUUCCCCGCACACUUCCAUUCCCUCCCCCACUCGCUACAAUUCCCUCCCCCGCUCACUUUCAUUCCCUCCCACGCUCGCUUCCAUUCCCUCCUCCGCUCGCUUCCAUUCCCUCCCCCACUCGCUUCCAUUCCCUCCCCCGCUCGCGUCCAUUCCCUCCCCCGCUCGCUCCCGCUCCCUUCCAUGCCCUUGUUGCGAGUUAUCGCUAG